AUGAAUGGGUUAACUGAACAGUUAUUGGAAAAGUUAAAUAAUGAAGGUAUACAGUUCGCUCUCUUCAUCAAAGGUAAAGAUAACGCACCAAGCAACCAUACAGAACAAACAGAUACUUAUUUUUCCAAUGGAUAUAUAAGUGCUGGGGCAGAACAGCACGUCAUAUCGUCAUUGGCUAAUCUGGUCAGUAGAAUGAACAUUAGAAUCUACUCAAAAAUAAAUCAAUUGCCAAAUGAUAGACUAAAUUUUAGAACGAUAAAUUUGCCAUUGAAUAAUCGAGAAAUUAUCCAAAAGUAUUUGAUAAAUUGCUUCAAAACACUAAGGCAAGUACCCUGUAAAAUGAUAGCGAAGUUGUGGAUUAAAAUAAUAGAACCAGGAAAAAAAACGAAGUUUCCAUAUAUUAAAGGGGACAGUAUGAAACCAAAUUGGUGGCCCCAGAAUGUGGAGCAUAGGGAACCUGAUCAUUUACAGAAAACAGAUAGAAUGUACUUAAUGUGUACUAUUGUAACCGAUGUUCUACCACAAAUAACUGAUGAUAGGGAUAUUCUAGAAGACAUUAUCGAAAAUACUAUGGCAUUAGGUAUGUUCAAGAAUGAUAAAAUAAAAAAGGAAAUCAUUUUAGCAGUCUUCAAAAUUUCUAGAGCAUUAAGAAGAAACAAUGUGAGAAAUGAUAAAAUUUCAUCGUCGAUGGAAGUGAUUGAUUUACAAAGUAUAACGAAGAAACGGACUUUGAAAUUUCAACAAAAGGGAAUACCAUCAAAUGUUUCAUCAUCUUCCAAGAAAAAAGCUUGCAAGCAAAAUGAGCUGAUGAUAAGCAGUCCAGAAUCAAAGCAGGAUGACUCUUACUCUAACAACAAAAUUAAAAAUAAACCGACUCCUCGAAUAGAGCAAGCUCGAUCACUAGAACCAUUUGGACACCUGUGCGAUAUUGAUGAUACCUUACAAUAUCCAUCAGAAACAUUGAAUGGAUUGGUGUCUACACCGUCAUUAUUGGAUAUGCUUGUAGAUAAUGACUCUGAUUUAUCUGAAUACAUGCUAGAUAGAAAAAGUGACGGUACCGUUUCUAGUACUACUUUAUCGAGCAAUGAAAACAUAUUUUUCCACGAACAAUUUAAUAUGUAA